AUGGCCGAAAUGGAAUUCCUUCUCAAGAUGAACGGCAAAAAGAUCAAUACACCCCAGCACGAAGCCUCCGGACUGAGUGAGCACCCAAGCCCGAUUAGCCCAGCUGAUUUCGUCGAUGGCAUGGGCGCCGCAUUCACCGCUGGAAAAUAUUCUUGUUGCCUUGCAGGUGCCGGCAACGAGAACAAGCUUGCCUACAUGCGUAUCUACAAACAGAUUCCUCUGGAUGGUACUCGCCUUGACGAUCAAAGUGUCCGUCAGUCUCAGACUCGUGGGCCACGAAAGCAUGUGGAGCUCGAGGCCUUUAAGCGCCUCACAGAGAAAGGGUGCACUGCUACCCCUAAACUCUUUGGAUAUCAAAUCGGUACGCAAGACGCAGACGACCUUGUCCCCGGCGGAUAUAUCAUCUUCCUUGUAUGGGAAAAGGUCCGAGGAGAGUCACUAGAUAGCAAGUAUUUCUGGAGCCUUCCCUACACCAAGCGGAAAAUCAUCCGUAACAACUUCAAAAAAGCCUACAAGUUCGUUACUGAAUACAUCGAUUUUCUGAGUUCUGGAUACCAGCCGAUCUUGACGUCCCCUUCAAAGAUCAUACUCAACAAGGACACAGGUGAUGUCAAAAUCUCUGGUUUUAGUCGGGCUGCCCGCAUCGACACAGAUACGAAAUGGAAGGACAACUACUUCAUCUCCAAGUUGACAAACACAAUGGCUGGAGGUGGUGAGAGGGGUAGUUGCAUGCAUGCCUGGAAGAGAUCAAAGGGCAAUGUUCCCGUUGGAGAGGAUGAAGGCUCCAGCGUGUCACACUCACCAACCACUGGGGAACUUUGGGUGACAGGGCCACAGAUGAUGAAAGGCUACUGGCAGAACGAGAAGGCUACCAAAGAAACUGUUGUUGAGAGCGAUGGCCAUCGAUGGAUCCGAACUGGAGACCUAGCAUACAUCGAUGGUCGAGGAUGCAUAUAUAUUCUUGAUCGACUCAAGGAACUUAUCAAGGUCAAAGGUCUUCAAGUAGCCCCCGCGGAAUUGCAAUUAGCACUUAUAACCCACCCUGACAUUGAAGAUGCUGCAGUAGUUGGAGUGAAGAUGCAAGGACAGGAGUACCCGCGAGCAUUUGUGGUGCGAAAGAGCAAGAAAUUGAAGGAAGAAGGACUUUAUCAAACAGCGAUUCGCUCGUCAUAA